AUGGCGCCGUACACCAUCCUUGAUGAGCUGACCCUUGCCGUUGGGCAGAUCAGCAUCUCUCGGUAUCUAUGCGGAGUCGCGCUCGUCCUUUCCUUGUACGACUGGCUGUUGCUAUUAGAGGCCGAAUCAGAAACAGUCUGGAAGGGCCGCUGGACGUUGCCGAAGAUUAUUUAUUACUUUAAUCGCAUCGUCACGCCGGCUGGUUUGAUGGCAGCAAACUAUCAGUUGACUGACCAGCGUUCCGGCGUGCUCUCUGCGUCUUUGUAUGCCCCUCUUGCACCACCCAGUGUUCUGCUCAGACGUCCCCACAAUUGGCUGCUCACUCUUCGACUCGUGGCUCUAUACAAGCGCAAGCCUUUGGUGGUUUGGUUUCUGUACACCUUUUUGAUCACGUCGUAUCUCGCCACCCUUGGGCUGAUGGUAUAUACUCUGUAUACGUUUGGCCUUUCAAUCCAUUAUAGCUCGAUAUUACACGCCUGCGCAUCGAACACCCGAUCUCCCCUCAUGCCCGCGAUAUUCCUCGCUCCAGCUGCCUAUGAGUGCACACUGUUCGGGCUUACGGGUUUCAAGGCGUGGCAAGACUCUAAGUUAUUUUAUCAAAUUUCUGCGAAUGCGCCAUUUCUGACCGUCCUGUACCGAGAUGGUCUCAUUUGCUUCGUCAUCAUGAUGGGAGUCCGCAUCUGGAACGUAUGGAUUUACGCAACGCAACCGCUCUCCGCUGCAUAUCUUGGAAUCUAUCUCCUGUGGGCGACCAUGACGAUUUUGAGUACCCGCGUGUACUUGAACCUUGCAUUCCUCGUCAGAGGACGGCACGAUACAGAGACGGCUGCCGUCUCUCGUGUCAAGUUUGCGUCACCGCAUCGUCUGGGAGGGAUCCAGAUGCGGGUGCAAACUACUACUGUCGCGGACAAUGACCAAACUAUUACCUUUGGAAGCGGUGGUCGGCAAAACCGUCGAAUGCUUACGACUUUUGAUACUACUUUCAGCGUCGAUGCGCCUCUACCACCGCUCGACGAGUCGCUCGAGCAAGGCCAAAUUACUCAUUCUCGAGAUUCUUUACGCCAACCCUUCUCCUCACAGAGUUAUGCACGAGACGACGACAUACAUGAGCUACAUCGUGCAUAA